UUGUUCAUCUUAUUUUAACUUUGAAGUCUUUUUGUGUGCAUGUGCAUGUUACACUUGGUUUCUUUGCCUGACUUUAGAUUUUUCUCAACAAGAGUCAAUGCACUUGUUAUUAUUGCAUGUAAGAUGAAAGUUUGUGUCUCAGUAAAGUGUCAGUUGGAUAUCUCAGAGAUUUAAAGUGAAGAGUAGAACAUUGGAAGAAGUCGCAGUAAAAACUGAAAUUCUCACAGUUUAAAGUUGUAUAGUGUGAGAUCAUAGUUGAUUGGAAAGCGUGAUAUGAAGUCGUUUUGUCUUGUAUAUAAAUAUUAAAAGUAAAGUAAAUGAACAGAUUUUUUUUGUCUGAAAACAAGCCUGAUGUAAAAAUUAUAUUUUGUAGCCAACAAUAGACUGCAUCUACUUUUUACCAAACCAUACUGGUUUAUAAAACAGUUAGAAUUAGAAAAACCUAAUUAUUACAUUAUUUUUAUAUUUGUAUUACAUUUAAAAAAAAAUGCAUUGCUUUUAACAUAUAUAUGUUUUAAAUUAAUGUUGGAUUCAGUUCAAGUCCUUUAUUUUAAUUUGUAUAAUUAGAAAUUAUGAGAACAAAUCAACAUCUACUGUAAAAAGAAAAAAGGCACAAAUACUCGCUUUUUUAUGAUUUGUGCAGAUUUAGUGAAUUAGAAAUGGACUAUGUAUUUUUUCAUCAUAGCAUUGUUCCAAUAAAAUCCCAACCUCUAAAAUCUCAGUAUCUAUUUCAACACAUCAGUAAGUGCUCUGGUUGUGAAGCAAUAACUCUAGCUGUAAAGUAGAACUCUAAAGUGCACAGUUUAAUUGAAUCAAUUUCAAUCUUAAAAAAAAUAAAAUAAGAAUUGAGUUGUAAUACAUCCCCUGGAAAAGAGAAAUUCUAGCUUGCACCCUUCACACAGGUGAAUAAGACUCUCAAUCAUUUAUAGGCUCCAUCUAUUCUUUAACACCCUACAAAAGCUCGCAGUGAAACCCACAGCUUUUAAAAAAUGAAAAGUAUGCUUUGAAACAGAUACUGUAUUAGUUGAGCCCAAUCUGAGUAGCAGUUAGAUUAUGAGGCGGCGUUCGCACACCGCAGGGCGUUGAAAAAGAAUAAGACAUGAUUUUAAUAUUUCAGUAUCCAAAGUGAGAAAGAGACGGCGGCGGCUGAUAAGAGGUAUUACUGUUAAAGAUUACAGUUCUGCCUGUCAUGGACCAAUGUGAUGAUGUACGCUUCCAGAUUGUAGAUUUAAUAAAUGACUUCCUGUCCAUUAAGUUGAAAAGGAAUACCUUCCAAUUUCUAAGAUUUAUUAGUUCAGGUAAUUGGAAUAAGAGGAGGAAUAAUGAGAGACAGACUGAAUUUCCGACUCAAAGACCGAGAGGUUGAGGAUGUUCGUCAGCUAACAGGCGUCUGCUUGACCCCCACAAACCUCUGCCCUGCACCUCCACCCAGGCUUUCUUAGACUACUUUAAGUACCUUUAUUGCUAGGAAAAAAGCUCUCAUCCUUUAGAGAUUUCUGAACAUUGUAUAUUUUGUUUAUGCAAUGAUUUCCCUGGUACUAACAGCAUUCUUUAAAAUCACGGCAAUUGUUAGAAUUGUUUAAAACUCAGCCUCACACAUCGAGCUGUCGCAGGGUUUACGAAACGCCUCAGAUAGUUUCUCUUGCUCAGGCCCCAUGUUUACAACUUCUCCCUUUUUAUCCGUACUCCUUUUUUACCUUCUGUCCUCCUCCCUCAGUUUUUCUGUGUUUUUGGUUUUGUGAAUGGCGGCAGAUUUCCAGCUCUGCCGUUCUCCCCAGGAGUUUUUUUGCAGAGAUCAGCUGGCUCAUUCACAGACAGAGCCUGGUGACUCAUCCAUCCUGUACUUCCUUUUUGGACACAAACCGACUGCUGCCUUCUCUUUUUUCUUCUUUUCUCAUCCCUCCUCUCUUUGUCCUUUUCCAAGUUGGGUUUGGUAAAGUUUCUGCUAUUUGUUUGUGUUGUAGUGACAAGCCGAGAGCUGAGCUCCACCAUAUGUUUCAAACUUGUGUUGGUUUUGGCCUGUUUGGUUAUUGUGGUUUGAAGCAAAAAGAGGGAGAACAUAUGAUAAGAGUCAAAGUGUUGAGGCUUUAAGAAGGUUUUAUGAUUUAAGAUCAAAUCUGUUUUUGGUUAUUAUUCUAUUACAUAUUGUUUAUGUCAUGGCCCUUUAACAAAGCAUCGGCAUAGACUAAUACAGCAAAGUUGUUCUCCAGCUCAAUAGGAAAUCAACCGGGUUAAAAUGUAAAGUGUAUGUAAAAAAAACAACACAAUAGACUGUCGAGUGUUGCUUUCAAUAGAGCAACAUUUGGAGACAAAUUAUAAUAAUAAGUCUUAGCUCGCUGCUUUACAUUGUUUAAAAAUGUGAUGUAAUUUCUUCUCUUGAUGUUUACUACUUUUAAUCCACACCUAACAAGAAAAAAAAUCCCUGAUCAUAUCAAAAAUGACAAAAUUGGAAAAUCAGUGAUUAUUUUUUUAUCAUCUCUAGACAUGUCGAGACAUGUUACUGGUCCUGUGAUAAUGAGGAUCCAUCUCUUUGUGCGUAUAAAUAGACGUGCUAAUGACACAUUUAAAUCUACUUUUGCCAGAGACGAACUUGAGGGACACGGAGAACUGUCAGCGAGUGCAAAUAUGUGUGAUAUAAAUAUGUACAUGUUUAAUUGGAGCCGUAGUGGAGCAGGCUUCAUUAUUUUAGCAUUAGCCUGAGUGCAGGGGCGUCUGAAGCGAAGGGGAAGCAGGAGGGUUUGGAACAGACCUGACUCGGUAGGUACAGGUGGAUUCACCAGUAGGGAAGAAGCCAAUUAGAUACAGUUAACAAUGGGUGUUUGGCUGCUGGCAAGCAGCGAGAGCCGAGGCCGCGGAGCAGUCAAUGGACAAGGCGACCUCAGGAAGUGGAAUUAGGAAGUAGAUGGCUCAAGUUCCCGACAAUGACGAGCAGUUCGUUCCAGACUUCCAGACUGAAAACUUGGCUUUCCACGGACUGCAGCUGAAGAUCAAGAGGGAGCUGCACAGCCCGUGUUCUGAGCUGAGCGUCAACUGUAGUCAGGAACGGCCCUUCAAACUCCAGUAUGGAGAGAAGUGCCCGUACAACGUCAGUGCCUAUGAGCAGAAGCAGCCUGCAGGAAUGAAGCCCUCUAGCCCCGUGACGCCCCCCUGUAGCACCCCUGUGUCCCCCCUCCAUCAUGCCUCACCCACUGCGGCUCCAACACCCAAACCAGACAGGACCUACGCCCAUAUCCCCGCCUCACAGCCGCUCCCAGACAACGCCUACUCUAUGGACCACAGAUUUCGACGUCAGCUCUCCGAGCCGUGCCACUCGUUCCCCUCCCCGCCGACGAUGGCUCGGGACAGCCGGCCCAUCUACCACCGGCAGAUGUCAGAGCCCAACAUCCCCUUCCCUCCUCAAGGCUUCAAACAGGAGUACCCCGACCCACUGUUCGAACAUCCGGCCAUGAUGGGGGCCCCGCUCCCCCACGCUUACCCCGCCACCAUGAUGAUCAAACAGGAGCCACGGGACUUCACCUACGACUCAGCAGAAGUGCCUAGCUGCCAUUCUGUCUACUUACGGCAAGACGGCUAUCUGGCUCACGCUAACAGGACUGAAGGUUGUAUGUUUGACAAAGUGGCAAGGCAUUUCUACGAUGAUACCUGUGUGGUGCCUGAAAAGGUUGAAGGUGACAUUAAGCAGGAGUCCGGGUUGUACCGCGAGGGCCCGUCGUACCAGCGCAGAGGCUCGCUGCAGCUCUGGCAGUUCCUGGUGGCUCUGCUGGACGACCCGUCAAACUCACACUACAUCGCCUGGACCGGACGCGGCAUGGAGUUCAAACUCAUCGAGCCAGAAGAGGUGGCACGUCGGUGGGGGAUACAGAAGAAUCGACCGGCGAUGAAUUACGACAAGCUCAGUCGGUCGUUGCGCUACUACUACGAGAAGGGAAUCAUGCAAAAGGUGGCCGGCGAGAGAUACGUCUACAAGUUUGUGUGCGACCCCGAGGCCUUGUUCUCCAUGGCGUUUCCCGACAACCAGCGGCCGGUGCUGAAGACGGACAUGGAGCGGCAGAUCAACGAGGAGGACACGGUGCCGCUGUCGCACUUUGACGAAAACAUGGCCUACGUACAGGAGGGGCCGUACUGCCCGCCGCACCCCUACAGUGAGGGAUACGUUUAUUAACGUCAGCCCACCGUAAAACACACACCUCCGCUCUACCCUCCCCCGCCUCCUCUGUCCAUACACCUGAGACUGUCCUCUAAUUCACAGUCGCUCCGGGGAAUAAGACUGAACACACACAUGCAGCGGAGCUUCCCCUCCUCUCUCACAUAAACACACACACAUCCUCUUUUUUUCUUCUGACGUUCAAGCCGUACAGCAGGAUGGAGUCUGCACUUUAUGGACAGGAAGCUCGGUGUUAACCUGCCAGAGGCUAGCUAUGUGGUUGGCUCUUUACCGUUGUUUAUGUUUGUACAUUAAUGUGGGAGUCAUCUGUUUUUUUAUUCUUAUGAUUUUGAGCAUGUGGCGCCCUAAAGAGACAGGACUCAACGGCAAACUCAUGGUCUCCCAAGGACUGAAUCUUAGACUUCCUGCUAAAGAAACAGACACGCAGCAAAGGGAAGGAUGAUCACUUCUGCUCGUCUUGCCUCGAUCAGCCAUUCUGUACUUUCACGCUCAUUUAAAGUGAAAACUGGCAACGUAUUGUUACGAUGCUCUUAUGGUGAAGUGACAUGAUUAUAGACUUGAAAAAGUAAUGUGAUAAUAAAAGAGACAUUUAGCUACACACAGUGAGAGCGGCCUCACUGUCAGUAUGAUCACAACACCUCUUGUCUGUCAAUGAUCUCUGCCACUCAUCCAAUCAGACUGUAGAUCUCAUCAUGUAGGUGUUUUUGCUGUGAUGAUAUAAACCCCUGGAGCAUCUCUCAACGGCUGAAAAACCUCGUGGGUUAGUAAAGUAAAAAGACACCUCGAGUUGUGCUGAUGAAAAUACGGCCUGUGUUUAGGAUAAUCAAUAAAGCGUCAGGCCGCUGUAAAAUAUCUCAUUCACUGUAAACAGCAGAUUUCCUUUGUUUAUUCUGACGCAUCAAAGCAGCAGUCUUUCUUUUGCCAUUCAGGUAUUCACUUUGUUCAUUGAACAACAGAUGAAGUGUAUGUACAGUUAAAGUGGAAAACAUCAAAACAUUUGGGAUAUUAUUUGAAUCCCUAAUUACAAAAGAUUUUAUUGGCUUAAACAAUUAAAAAAACAUAAUAAAAUCAAACGUAAAGUAAAAAUACUUUCCUGAUUUGUUCUCCGUUGUGUUCCAAGUGAACAUAAGGUGUAUAUUUUGCAUUACCUACAAAAGGGUGGCUUUUUUUGCUAAAAAAAAAACAUAAGAAAUAUGAAGUUUAUAAUGUGAUGAUAAAACGUUCAUGUUAUAAUAAUAAUAAUAAGAUAAUGUUCCAUUGUAUAAUCAGGUAAAUGCACAUUUUGUUGCUGCUUCAAAUUGUAAGUGUAUUUUUUUCUAGUCUCAUGGAAGAAAAAGAAAGAAAGGAAGAGCAGCAGGUAUGAUGUGCUGCUCUGGAUUUCUCUUGUUUAUUUUUAUUUUUGUUUUAAUUUGUUUUGUUUUGUUCUAUUCGAGCAUUAAAAAAAGAAUCUGGUCUGA